GAGCGCCCGGGUUUGGCAGGAGACUGAGGUCAUCUUGAGAGGAGGCCUGGAUCUGCUGUGGAGCAGGAAGCAAGGUUGAAACUGAGCUGAGAACAGGCGGCUGGAUGCAGCAGCUCUCAGGUUGGGACCUUGAGGGCAGCCGGAGAGACGCGCCAAGGCUGAGAGGAGACGGAACAGGUCCUGGGAUUUGAACCCGCUCCCUGCCCGCUGUGCUAUGGGGAGGCUGGGUGUUGCUGCCACUGCCUUCCUCUGUGGGGGGCUCCUCGCUGCCUUCCUCCUGAGGGAAGCGCUUGGAGACAGCAAGAAGCCUGAGACCCGAGUGUGCGCACGUCGCACGUUGAGGAUCCCUUUGUUCUACAACGAGACCUACGCCAAGCCCGCGCACCAGCCGUAUUUGACAAUGUGCCCUGGACCCCGAGUCUGCAGCACCUACAGGACUACCUACCGCGUGGCCACACGGCAGGUGCGGAAAGACAUUCUGCAGACCCACAUCGUCUGCUGCCAAGGCUGGAAGAAACGGCACGUGGGGGACACUAAGUGCGAGGAAGCCAUCUGUCACAAGCCCUGUCAGAACGGAGGCACCUGUGCCCAGCCAAACCAGUGCCAGUGCCAACCAGGCUGGGGCGGGCGCUACUGCCACGUCGACGUGGACGAGUGCCACGCGCCCGUCUCUCUCUGCGACCAACGCUGCCUCAACACAGCAGGGAGCUACGAGUGCCAGUGCGACCCUGGCUAUGCCCUGGAACCAGAUGGCAAGAGCUGCCGCUUGCUGCCCACUGCACAGGCAGCCCCUAUUCUUGCCAGUAAAGUGCAAAUUUUAGGGGCUCAGGAGACAAUUCCCAAUGAGAUCCAGGAGCUUCAAGCCAAAGUGGAGCAGCUGGAAGAGCGCUUGGAACGUGCCAUCGCCAUCUUGCCGCCUUCCCUGGAGCCCGCCCAGCUGAAAGAGCUCUGGAGUCGCCUGCUGUACCUGGACCAGGUGGAGUCGCUCAGCGACCAGCUGCUUUUCCUCGAAGAGAAACUGGGGGACUGUGCCUGUCAAAACGGUAAAAAUGGCUUUGGCUACGACAUUGCCCGGUGAUGGCUGCGUCCUGGACUCGAUUGAUGGGAAACCAGACCCACCACCACCAACACCUCCUGCUCCCAACUCUGGGCUGGUGGUUACUGCUCUAGGAAGCUUCAGUUUAACAUCUCCUCCCUGGGCACACUCCACUCAUUACUUAAAAGCAAAAUACGCACAGCAAGGGCUAGGCCUCUAACGGAUUAACUAAUGGAAGCAAGCUUCUGAGUCGCACGGCAUUCUUCUGGAGGAAUUUGAAGCACGGCCACACCAAAUUCUUGAGUCAUUCACAGCCAAUGCAAAAAAAGAGGAAAAUUGAGCACUUUUGAUUUCAAUGGGAGAUUUACAAUGAAUUUCUAUGCGUGUUGGCUCACUUGCAAAUCCUGCAACCAGUAGAUUAUUCCCAAGUUAACUAUGCAAAGGACAGCAAUCUUAAGCACGUGCUUAAUGCCCCCAACAGAAGUCAGUGGAAUUUAAAAGUGUUAGCAUCCAAUGUGGCCGGCCUGGGGUGUUCUUGAUAUUUCAUUGCCUGAAUUUCUCUUGUUUCUUGGAUUACCUCCCUUCCACGCCAAUUGUUUCUCCAUCACCUUGUUUAUCCUGGGCUGGUCUCUCAACCACAGGCAGUCCAGAAUUAACUCCUCUCAAACUCCCUUUCUUCUGAAAUGCACCAAACUCUUAACAAGCUAAUGAUCGCGUUCUGCACCACAUUCCCUGCAACCCUGUACUUCUUCCAACCACACGUGAACAACGGAAGGCGCUUAUUUGCUUUUGAGAUCUCGCUGUCCCUGCCAAGUUAGCUGCAAUGUUGUUGGACAACGCAACUCCCAUCUUCCCUGACCUCUCCCCCACCGGCUGGUGGUGUGGGCAUUGAUGGCAGCUGGAAAUCCAACAUCUGGAAGGCCACAGGUUUUCCAACACUGGAACUAGGGAAAGAUCUGUUUCCUGCUUGGCAGGGGGUUGGACUGGAUGGCCCUUGUGGUCUCUUCCAGCUCUAUGAUUCUAUGAAUCUGCGUUCAAUUCCUCUGCCUGGAAACUCACCCUAGACCUGUGUAUGCUACCUUUGAGCUCAGUCUCCAACAGGGCGAGCUACGAUUGCAUGUUGCAGCAUCUGAAAGACAAAUGGCUUUAUUAUGGCAUAAUCUUUCGCAGCAAAGCAUG